AUGGGUGUGAAGCUGCUUGAGUCCCGACUUUGUCUCCUGCUGCUGCUGGGAUUUUUCAUAAUGGUUGCCUCUUUCCAGAUCCCACGUAAUUUAACCCCUUCCCAGUGGUUUGAAAUCCAACAUGUAAAUAAUAGUACCAUCCUCCAAUGUACUCCUGCAAUGAAGGGAGUCAACAAUUACACAGGACGAUGCAAGAACAUAAAUACUUUUCUUAAUACAAGUUUUGCUGCUGUUGUUAGUGUGUGUGGCAAUAAAAAUACUACUUGCCGCAAUGGCCACACAAAUUGCCAUAAUAGUUCAGCUCCGGUAUCUUUAACUUACUGUAACCUCACAACUUGGUCAAGCAAUUAUACACAAUGUCGAUACCAAACGACACCAGCAACAAAGUUCUACAGAAUUGCUUGUGACAAUAGAAAGCCACAGGACAGUCCUAACUAUCCAGUGGUUCCGGUUCACUUGGAUGGGAUAUUUUAG